AAUUCGGAGGCCUUUAUCAAAUGAAGAGUUGAAUAAAUGCUGUAUAGAAGCAACCGGUGCUGAAUAAACACAAACGUUGAAUUAUAUGUUGUAUAAACAUUAUAUCAUUUUUUAUAUGAGCAUUUAUUCGAUAACAAAACUCUAGCUCAACUAGUGUUGUUCGAACGUUUACAGCACAGCUUUAGUAACACUAAUAACUAAGUGUUAAAAUAAAGCGCUUCAAACGUUUCAAGGUACAAUUCGGCAAUAUUAAAUAAAAUAAGAGUGGAAAAAGUGUAGUGCAGUAGUAGCCGGUGCUGGUGAGACAAAUGCGCAGAAAUAUAAAUUGUACAAACGUUUCGACUACUAAUACUGAACUCUUCAAGUCAGCAUAGUUAUGUUAUAGAUAAAUUGUGGCUUUUUAAACGUUUUUUAGAAAAAGAACAUGUGUCGGAAGAUAGAUAUAGGGAUAUCUCGGAAGAUAGAUAUAGGGAUAUCUAAAUGAAUAAACAUAUGCAUAUGGAAAAAAAAAUCAAUGAAUAAUAAUAAUAAGUUCAUCAACGUUGGCAAAACGUUUCAUACAAUAAUAUUACAGUUGUACAAGAAAAAUUGAACUCUUUGAUUAACCGUUUUAUAAAAGUAAUCUAAAUGCUACAAUCUUCUGUCAAACAUUUUGUUUUUGAUUCGCCAGUAGAUAAAAUUCUGUACGAUUUUUGACUAGUGAAUAUGAAUGGAAAAUCAUUUAAAAGGUAUAAAAAGAGUGGAUCGUUUCAUAGAGCAUGCAAAAAAAAGCGCAUUGAAUAUGAGGCACUGCUUAACACAGCAGUGAAAAAUGGGAUUGAAUCAAAACAAACUCAUGAUUCUUCCCCCAUUGAGAAUAAGGUGCAUCCUGUCCGGGCGGAUUACGUGCCGAGUUCAGAAUUUCCCACUUUUUCGAUCGAUUCCAAUGCACAAUCUAUUGGUUCAUCACCUGAUUCUGCAGAUAAUCAGUUGGUUAACAGUACGCUCCGAAUGUCCACAAGUUCAGUGAUCGUUGAACCACUCGACACAACUGUGAAAGAAAUCAGUCCUCGUGAUACUACUAAUGCUAUUCGCUCCUGGGCCUGUGACUUCAAUAUCACACAUCGCGCACUAAAGGAAAUUUUAUCAAUUAUCCGUCACGAUUAUGGAGACAAAGACCUCCCUAUGGAUCCACGAACGUUGAUGAGAACCCCCCAGAGAACUGGCAUGACAUUCAAAUCAAUAUCAGGCGGUCAAUACUGGCACCAAGGACUUGAAAUCUGUUUGAAAAAGAGUUUCGAACAUCUAACAGAGGACAUACAAAUUGAACUGAACGUUAAUAUAGAUGGUCUGCCAAUUCACAGGAGUUCGAAAUAUCAAUUCUGGCCUAUUCUGUGCAAUGUACAUCAAAUGCCUCAUAUCCCACCAAUGACAGUUGGAAUAUUUUUAGGUAAAAUAAAGCCACAAAACAUCACAGAAUACUUAACACCAUUUGUCGAAGAAUUGAUUUCUGUUCUGUCGAAAGGCGUGAAAGUAAACAAUCAUGCUGUUGGAGUAAAAAUCAGAUGUAUUGUAUGCGAUUCGCCUGCUCGUGCAUUCAUAAAAGGAACUACAAAUUUCAAUGGAAUUAACGGAUGCUUGAAGUGUACCAUUGAAGGCGAAUAUUCCUAUAACAGAUGA